AUGAGGUUUGCGUUUGCGUUUGCGUCGACGAGAAGGAGAUUUGUACAUCGGAAUGUUCUCGGUAAAGGUGAUCUCCGAACUGCUCUUCCCUCGAUUUCCAUUUGCGGUUUCCGUGGCUGGAGACGAGCUUUCUCAGGUCUCAGUGAAGAUUCCAGAGAGAGAUUGAGAAAUGGGCUUCGUGAUAUAAAGCUAGACGAUGCCGUUGAUUUGUUCGGUGAGAUGGUAAAGUCUCGUCCUUUUCCUUCCAUUAUCGAGUUCAAUAAAUUGUUGAGCGCCGUUGCGAAGAUGAAGGAGUUUGAUGUUGUGGUAUCUCUCGGCGAGCAGAUGCAAAUGUUAGGGAUUGCACAUAAUCUGUAUACUUACAGUAUUUUGAUUAACUGUUUCUGCCGCCGCUCUGAGCUCUCUUUUGCUUUAGCAAUUCUUGGGAAGAUGAUGAAACUCGGCUAUGAGCCUGAUAUUGUCACGCUUAACUCGCUUCUUAAUGGUUUCUGUCGUCACGGUAAGAGGAUUUCUGAUGCCGUAGCUUUGGUUGAUCAAAUGGUUGAAAUGGGAUAUCAACCCAACUCCGUCACAUUCACAACUCUGAUCCAUGGCCUUUUUCUCCACAACAGAGUCUCUGAAGCAGUGGCUUUAGUUGAUCGGAUGGUGCUGAAAGGGUGCCAACCAGAUCUGGUUACUUACGGUGUGUUAGUAAAUGGAGUAUGUAAGAGAGGUCAUACUGAUUUGGCUUUGAAUCUGCUCAAGAAGAUGGAAUCGGAAAAGAUAGAGGCUGAUGUUGUGAUCUACAGCACAGUUAUUGAUGGUCUGUGCAAAUACAAACAUGUGGAUGAUGCACUCGACCUAUUCAGUGAAAUGGAGAAAAAGGGAUUUAGACCAAAUGUUGUCACCUACAACUCCCUCAUAAGUUGCCUUUGUAACUAUGGAAGAUGGAGCGAUGCCUCCGGACUACUAAGCGAUAUGAUUGAGAGGAACAUCAACCCCGAUGUGGUCACUUUUAGUGCAUUGAUAGAUGCGUUUGUGAAAGAGGGAAAACUUUUGGAGGCCGAGAGAUUGUACGAGGAGAUGAUCCGAAGGUCUAUCAAUCCUAAUACAGUCACUUACAAUUCACUGAUUAAUGGGUUUUGCAUGCAGAGUCGCCUAGAUGAGGCCAAACAGAUGUUUGAUUUGAUGGUUAGCAAGGGUUGUCUCCCAAAUUCAGUGACAUAUGGUACUCUCAUAAAUGGAUUUUGCAAAGCGAAGAGGGUAGAGGAUGGCAUGAAACUCUUUCGUGAGAUGUCUCAAAUAGGAUUGGUUGGAAACACAGUCACUUACACCACUCUUAUUCAAGGCUUUUACGAAGCUGGAGAUUGUGAGAAUGCCCAACAAGUUUUCAAAGAGAUGGUUUCUGCUGGUGUCCCUCCUAAUAUUGUGACGUACAACAUUUCGUUAGAUGGGCUUUGCAAUAACGGGAAGCUAGAGAAGGCAUUGGCCGUAUUCCAAGAUAUGCAAAAGAGUGUAAUGGAACUCAGUAUAUUCACUUAUACUAUUAUGAUUGAAGGGAUGUGCAAGGCUGGUAAAGUGGAAGAUGCUUGGGAUUUAUUCAAUAGUCUCAGCCUCAAAGGAGUGAUGAAGCCUGAUGUUGUGACCUACACUACAAUGAUCUCUGGCUUUUGCGGGAAAGGCUUAAAGCAAGAAGCCGAUGCCUUGUUCAGAGAAAUGAAAGAAGAUGGGCCUCUCCCAGACAGCGGUACCUAUAAUACACUGAUCAGGGCACGCCUUAGAGAUGGUGACAGAGCAGAAUCAGCAGAACUCAUCAAGGAAAUGAGGAGUUGUGGAUUCUCAGGAGACGCUUCGACGAUAAGUUUGGUCGGGAAUAUGAUGUGUGAUGGGAGAUUAGACAAAAGCUUUCUGGACAUGCUCUCUUGGAACCCUCUUCCAUCAAAAGCAUCUGUGAGGUGA